AUGGGGUCAGAGUCGGUGAAGGUGGUGGUCAGGUGCAGACCCCUGAACGACAGGGAGAAGGCUCUCAGCUCAAAGGUGGUGCUGUCCAUGGACCUGCAGCGCUGCCAGUGCUUCAUUCAAAAACCUGGAGCACUGGAUGAUCCACCCAAGCAGUUCACCUUCGAUGGCACAUAUUAUAUCAAUCAAACCACUGAGCAGAUGUACAAUGAGAUAGCUUAUCCUUUGGUGGAAGGUGUCACUGAGGGAUACAAUGGCACAAUUUUUGCAUACGGACAAACUGGAAGUGGAAAGUCUUUCACCAUGCAGGGGGUGCAGGAGCCUGCAGCCCAGAAAGGUGUCAUCCCACGGGCUUUCGAGCACAUCUUUGAGAGCAUUCAGUGUGCAGAAAAUACAAAAUUUCUCAUGAGGGCCUGUUACCUGGAGAUUUACAAUGAAGACAUCAGAGAUCUCUUGGGAGGUGACCCCAAACAGAGAUUGGAGCUGAAAGAGCACCCGGAGCGUGGGGUGUAUGUGCGGGGCCUCUCCAUGCAUACUGUGCACAGUGUGGAAGAGUGUGAGAGAAUCGAGGAGCAAGGCUGGAGCAACCGGGCAGUGGGCUACACGCUGAUGAACAAAGACUCCUCCCGCUCCCACUCCAUCUUCACCAUCCACCUGGAGAUCUGCAGCACUGACGCAGCUGAUCAGGAUCAUCUACGAGCAGGAAAACUAAACCUGGUGGACCUGGCAGGAAGUGAGCGUCAGUCUAAAACCGGUGCGACUGGCGAGCGGCUACGGGAGGCCGCGAAGAUCAACCUCUCCCUCUCGGCUUUGGGGAAUGUCAUCUCUGCCCUGGUGGACGGACGCUCCAAAUACAUCCCCUACAGGGACUCUAAGCUGACCAGGCUGUUGCAGGAUUCCUUGGGAGGAAACACACGCACGCUUAUGAUCGCCUGUCUCUCCCCUGCAGACAACAACUACGAGGAAAGUCUGAGCACAUUGCGGUACGCAAACCGGGCUAAGAGCAUCCAGAACAGACCUAGAAUCAACGAGGACCCCAAGGAUGCUCUCCUCCGAGAGUAUCAGGAGGAGAUCAAGAAGUUGAGGGCCCUUAUCUCGGGCCAGUUGGGGACUGCUGACCUUUCAGCUCUGCUGACCGGUCAGUCCCCAGCUGUUCCUUCAAGGUUACAAUCCAGCACUCCUGAAGCAAAGAAGGAAAAGAUUAAAGAGGAGUACGAAGAGAAGCUGGCCAAGUUGCAGGCCGAGUACAAUGCCGAGCAGGAAUCCAAGGCGAAGCUGCAGGAGGACAUUGCUGCUCUGCGGUGCUCGUAUGAAUCAAAGCUGUCUCAUCUGGAGAAGACCCAAGCCAGCAGGGGGAGCUCUGUCCACAGGAAUGUGAACUCCAACUGUACAGAACACGCUGAGGACUCCAUGUGCCACAACACAAAUGACGCUACCUCUCUGGUGAAGCCUGCGGUGCCUUGUGCCUCAGUCGCUGACCGAAAAGAUCCAGAUCGAGACCAGCUCCUGCAGUCAGCUGAUAUCAACACAGCCAAGCCCCUGGACCAGAGACAUGUCCUGGAAAGGCUGAAACAGCUGGAGCAGCAGGUGGUGGGAGGGGAGCAGGCCAGGAACAAAGAGUUACAGCAGAAACACCGGCAGAGGAAGAAGCUUGCAGACCAGAGAAAAGUCCAGCUCAUCCAGGCUCUGUCAGAGGACAGUGAGGAGAGUGAGAAUGUGCUGCUGGAUGUCUAUAACUCCAUCCAGGAAGAAGUCCAUGCCAAAAACCAGAUACUGAUGAAAGUUCAGAGUAAGCUGAAAGCAGCCAAAGUGGAGAUCGGUGACCUGCAGGCUGAGUUUGAGGUGGAAAGGAAGGACUAUUUGUCAACCAUCCGACGGCUGGAGAAGGAAGGCCAGCUGCUGAACGGCCUGCUGGUGCGUAUGGUGCCCCUGGUGCGUCGGGACUGCAACUACAGCAACUUAGACCGCAUGAAGAAAGAAGCCGUUUGGGAUGAGGACAGUGGCAUUUGGAGGCUGCCAGAUGUGAUGGUGCAGAAAACAGCAUUGCCCUCAGCAGUGGCUCCAAAGCCUUCAGCACACAGAAACUCGGGCCCUGACGCCGGAGAGCCAUGUUUGGUGGAAGAGGACAGGUACAAGGAAAUGCUGGACAGAAGUGACAGUGAGAGCAUUGCCAAAAACUACUUCAAGUCAAGGAGAAGCAGCCAGCUGCUGGCAGGUGAUUCCACACAGGGACACGCCAUCCAUUCUCCCCCGCCGGGUAACAUGACAGCUCAGCUCUCUGCAGGCCCCACCGUCAACUCAGACCCCGUCCUGCCCCGGCCCUUUCGCCUUGAGUCCUUGGGUGUCUCCACGUCUGGUGGAAAGAUAAAGCGCAAAAAAAAGCAAGCAUUGCAUCCAUAACGAUGGAACUGGAGAGGAUUUGUGCACUAAACUCAUUUCACUUUGACUUUGGACCCCAACUGAUCCAACAAGUUACAGUAAACUAUCGGGUAAAAAAUGUUUUGUACCUACUGCUAACCAGAGCAUUAGC